AGCGGGAAGCGAACGUGCAGCGGGGACGAGUCUACGUAAAGAGGCGGAGGAAAAAUAUAUGAGACAAGGGAAGCCAUCAUUCCAAGAAUUAGCUGGAGGACAAAGAUCAGAAAAUGUUUUCACUUCAGGAUGAGCUUGAAAGGACUGCAAAUGAGCAAAAGCUAGACAAGGUUCUGAGAGGAGAAUGCGGACUGCGGAACGAACAGGGGACUUCAUCUUCACACCAAACACAAUGUCUUCUUGCUGAGUUACAGGCUCAGGAGCAUACCAUUUACCAGCUUCGAAGUGAAGAGUGUAACUUGAAAUCUCAGCUUAAGGACUGGAAAGCGAAGGUUGCACAUCUGCAGAAUAAACUAGACACGUCUGACAAGUUAUAUGGGCAAGCCAAGCACCAGCUUUUUGAGUAUGAAAAAAGAAUAUCUGAUUAUGAAUUGGAAAACAGUGUUCUAAGAGCAAGUAACGAGGAACAAGCUGCUCAGCUUGAACACUUGAAGCUAAAUAUUCAACAACACAGUCCUUGUUCAAUGGCCAUUCAGAACAUGUCCACUGAAGGACAUACCCAGGGGCACAAUGCUUUUGUGACUCCUCAAUCUAAUUCCAUGGCUCUUGAUAAGAUGUACCUUGAAGCUGUGAAACAGUUCAACCUAGAACAGAAGGUGACCAAAGAACUCGACAAAGAGAUAAGACGCAUUACAGCCCAGCUGGAUGAUACCAAAACGGAACUAGCAGGGGUGCGAGGUGAUCUUAUAGCUACCGUGGAGAAAUUUAACAGUGCAAAGGAAGAGAUACGUUUUAAGGAAGAUUUAAUUCUAAAGGCAAACGAGGAACACAAACAACAAAUCAACCUUUUAGUUGAUGACCUUAAAACCUCUCAAGAAAUGUGCGAGCAAUCGAAUAAAGAGAUUUUGAAAUUGGAGCAGGCAAUAAUUGAACACAGAAAGGAAAUGAAACAACUUCAACGUCUUUACCAGGACACGCUGGAAAAAAAUGGCCGAUUAGAGGCAAAAAUUGAAACCCACAUGAUAACAGCUCAGAGUGAACAAGAUGUACUUUUAAAUGAGAUCUCUUGCAAAGAAGAAAUUAUCCAUAGAAUGAAAAUGCAGGAAAUUGAUCAUGAAGAAAAGUUGAGAAUAGCAGAAAAACAGAUGCAAUAUCAUGAGAAUAAAUUUCACGAAUUACAACGCAAGUAUCUGGAUGUUACAGAUUAUGCAAAGCAAAAGGAAGAGAUAAUAGAGUCACUUCUGAAACAACUUGAACAGGCAAAGUUUGCAAAGGUAGAAGCAAAAACAGAGGCAAACAAUUAUGGGGAAACUAUCAGGCAUUUACAUUCGGAGCUGGCCUCACUACAGACUUCUGAAGACUCUACAAGGAAAAUAGGCAUUGUUAAAGACCAUAUUAACACGGAGCUGUAUGAAGAAUGUGAGAAACUAAAGUGUAUUCUUGGGGAAAUGCAGUUCAAGCUUAGCAAGAAUGACGCAAAGAUUAACGAGCAAAACUCUGAAAUCGGGAUCUUGAAAUGUGACUUGCAUGCAAAGACAGAAGAGAUACAUAAAUUGGAAGCACAAAUACAAAAGCAGCAAGAGUCUUUGCACAGAGCCAGCGACAGACUGAAGGACACGCAGAAGGCUGCUGUGAGUAAGAUUCAUGACAAAGAAACCAAACGUGAGGCCCUACAGAAGGAGCUAUUAAAAGCUCAAAACCAGUACUCUGCAUGUUAUGAUGAGUUAGUCCACCGGGAGAAACUUUUACAUAAACUUAAGGAAGAAAAUAUUCAGCUGACAGAGCAAAUCAAGCAGCAGUCCCAGGAUAUUUCCAAGAUGAGUGAAGAAAGGAAGAAACUGGAGCUGAAACUGGCAGUUGUCACAGAGAGACAUAAAACUGCACAACAAGAGGUUAAUAACAGAGAUCAAAUCAUUUUACAACUAAAAACAGAUUUGAAAACUUCACAGGAGAAAUAUUCCGGCUCUCAGGAGGAACUUGGUAUACAAGAGGAAGAAGUCUCAAGACUCCUACAGAAGUUGAAGUGUUUGCAAGCUGAGGCUCGUGAACUGUGGGAAAAAUGUAACAAUCAGGAAGAUUUAAUCAAUCAGAUGGAAAAAACAAAGCAACAAUUACUUAAUGAGCAAGAGAUUCAUCUGGGACAGAUUCAGAACUACACUGCAACAGUGGAGAAACUGCAGGUUGAUCUGGAUAUUGCCAAACAGGCCCAUACCGCAGACCUAGAGCGAUGGAACCAAAAAUCUUCCCUAAUGCAAAAAGAAUUGUCCCGUGCUACUCAAGCACACCAGGAAGAUCUGCAAAAGAUACAAGUAUACAAAGAAAAAGUAGCCAGUCUAGAAAUAAGUUUAGAACAUGCUGACAUAAAUUUUCAGGAGGCAAAACAGAAGGUGGAGGAUCAGAAUGAAACAAUUAAACAUCAUAAGUUGGAGAUCGAUAACUUACAGCACCAAAUAAAAACUCUUGAACAAACAAUAAUGGACAACUGCAAUCAGGCCAAGACCUCGGAGACGUCUCUGGAGCUGUACAAAAACAAAUAUCGAGCUUGUAUCGAUUCCAUGAAAACUGUUGAAAAACUUGUGGAAAGUCUACAAAAACAAGUGAUCGAGUCAGCCAAAGAGAUUGCAAGUCAAAAAGAAACUAUCCAGAGCAAGGAGGCUGAGGUAUUGAUUCUUCAAAAUCAAUGUAAAGAAAAGAGCCACCAGGUACAAACCUUUGAAGACCUGAUUGACCAGUUAACUGGAGAGCUGCAAACCUCCAAGGAUGAUGUUAAAUUGAACAAAGAACAAUGCCGGCAAUAUGAGCAUCAGUUGACAACAAUGAAAGAAAAGGUUGACGAUCUUCAAAAGCUGGUAUCAGAGGCUGAAAACAAAAUAAGUAUCAUUUGCUCUGAGUUUGAGAUCCACAAGACCCAUCACAGCUAUUCCAAUGAAGAAUAUAACACGCUGUCAUUGCAACUGGAGGCAUCUCGGAAAGAGGUUGAAAACACGAGGAACCUACUCAACGAAAAAGCGUCCAAAAUCGAGGAGUGUCAGAAAAUCAUAGAAGAGCAAAAUAAAGAAGCUGUUAAUGUGCUUGUUCAGCAGAAAAAAUAUUCAUUUGAAAUUGAAGAGCUAGAAAAGACCUUGCAGUCACUGCAGCGGGAUAUCAUGACAUCCCAGCAGAAUCAUCAAGUGGAACUUGCUCAACUAGAACAGCAGAUAGCUCAGCUAGAUGCAGAACUCGCAGAAGCCAGGAAAUUCUGUUCUCAGAAAGAUCAGGCGAUAAGCAAAAGAGAUGACCUUCUGAGAAAGUCAGAGGCUGAUCUCCUGCAGGCAAGAGAAGAUAUCAAAGCAAAAGCGGCCGAGGCGGAGCACCUUGACAGCGUGGUCAAGAAAUUGGAAUACAGCAUCCAGGAUACAGAGAAAAAGAAGAAUCAAAAGGAGCUGGAAAACAAUGCACUCAAAGACCAGGCUAAGGAACUGAGUCAGGAGCUACAGGACGUACAUAAGCUGUACAGAGAAGCAGCUCAAGAACUUGCCAGUCAUGAAGAAAAACUUCUUCUUCAGGAAUCCAGCUUGAAAGCAACUCAAGAGCAGCUAAGCAAGCAAAUAGCUGAAACCGUUCGCCAAGAACAGAGCAGCAGGAGAUACCAGACAGAGCUGAAGACCUUAAAAGAACGCGUCACAGCUUCAGAAGAAGAAAACUGUGGAUACAAAGAAAUGCUUGAUAAGCUGAAGGCAGAACUGGCCACUUUAAAAUCUCAAAAUCAUCAAACCGUUCAGGAAAGUCUUCAAUUUCAACAAACGAACCACAAAUAUGAAAUAGAAAUGGUAUCUCUUCGAGGACAUGCCAAGAAUCUGCAGCAACAGAAUCAAAAGUAUGAAGAAAUUGUCAAAUGUCUGCGCGAGGAACUGAGUCUAGAGCAGAGUCAUCACCAAGAUGUCCAAAAACAAAUUGAUAAUUUACAGAAGAAGAGCUCUGACAUGGAGUCUGAAGUGCAAAGCCUAAGGGCCAAAAGGAAAAGUGACGCUCACAUGCUUAAAGCCCAAGAGAGCCACAUGAAGAAACUGGAGGAAGAACUACGCCAUGGACAGGAAAAAUAUAGCUGUUGUCAAGAUGAACUUUUAGGAGCACAAGCACAGUUGAAAAUAUGCCAAGUUAACCUUACUACUGCAGAGAAACAGAUAGAUCUUCUCUCCACAAAGGUCCAUAAGCAAGAAGAAUACCUUUUAGAAUUGACGUGCAACCAAUCUCAAGCUCAAAAGAACUUGAGCAGGAGAGAAGAGCAGCUAACUCUAGUUGAAAAAGAAUGCAUUGGCCUAAGGGAGCAGUUAAAGCUCAGUUCUGAAGAGGUAAUUCAAUUGCGAAAGGAGCUCAAAGAAUACGAAGGCAAGCAAAAUACUGCAAAUAAGGAGUUGGAAACCUUGCGCCAUGCUCUGGAAUCAACACAAACUGACAACAGUCGCCUUCAUCAGGAAAGUGAAUUUGUGUCUACAAACGUUAAUCAGUGGAUCAAAGAACAAAAACAAGCCAAUGAAAAUUUAGCUGAAAAAAUCAGAGAGCAAAACCAGCUCCUUGUCCAUCUGACUGCAGAAAGAGAUCACUUUCAGAAAAUGGAAGAGGCCUUGUCCACCGAGAUUAUAAAGUUAAGAGCUGAAUCAGUGGAGAAUAAAACUGAAAAUGAGCGAUUAAAGGCAAGUGGCACCGAACAACAAUCACUGCUUACAAAACUUAAGAGGCAGCUUGAAGCCCAAGAGCAUGAACAGAAAAGCUUUUUGGAGGAGAAACUGUCUGCCACGGAGGAUGUACACACUAGGUUAAAAGCCAACAUAAAAUUGAUUUACAUUCUAAACCAAAAGUUGAACAAAUUAAGUGAAGAAAAUGGACACUUGCAUCAGCAAUUAGAAGAGAAUGGUAGAUUUCAACAACUUUAG